UGGAAAGAAAAGAUAAAUAGUGGUUUAAACAAUUUCCCUUUCGUUUUAAGUAUAUUUUCUUCUCCUCAAAACAAACAGGAAGUAGUAUACCACGUGAUAUUUUUCGAAGUUUAGGCUAAACUCGCACUGUCACGACGGACUCGACAGAAUGAGCGUUCUUGCAACUCCAGUCAUAGGAGACACCUAUGGGUCUGAUAGACCGAAAGAAGUUUACUUCAGUCCAUACGCUCAAAAUGGAGGUACUACUCUUGCUGUGGCAGGUGAUGAUUUCUCUGUGAUAGCCUCUGACACAAGACUGAGUGAAGGUUUUUCUAUACACAGCAGGACACUCCCUAAAACAGUUCAGUUGACAGGGAACACAGUGCUAGCCUCAUGUGGCUUUUAUGGAGAUGUUCUCACUUUGACAAAAGUGUUGAAAGCAAGAUUGAAGCUCUAUGAACAGGACCACCACAAGAAAAUGUCCACAACAGCUAUAUCUGCUAUGCUGUCCACCAUGUUGUACCACAAGCGUUUUUUCCCCUACUACACAGACAACAUAGUAGCAGGCCUGGACAAUGAAGGUCGUGGAUGUGUGUUCAGCUUUGACCCUGUAGGAUCCUAUGAGAGGGAGAGAUUUCGUGCUGGUGGCUCUGCCAGCUCUAUGAUGCAGCCCUAUCUAGAUAAUCGGAUUGGGCACAGAAAUAACCCUAACCCACCAAAGGGGCCCCUUACCAAGGAGCGGGCUGUGGCACUUGUCAAAGAUGCUUUCAUUGCAGCAACAGAGAGAGACAUUUACACUGGUGAUGGUGUGGUAAUACAUGUGAUAACCAAGGAUGGUAUAGAAACACAAAGUUUUGGUCUCCGGAAUGACUAGGAUCGCAUACUGACUGUAUAAACAUCAUCAGCUAUACUGAAAUGUGACACAGACUAUGAUUACAGGUGUGUCGAUACAGGACCAAGUGCUGAAUGUACCACAGCAUUACCUGUAGUGUGUUCAGUAAGGACUACACACACACUGGUAAAGAUCUCCUGGACAGUACAUCACACAUCCAUGUCAAUUGAUUAAUUAUAAUAUGACAAAAAACAGUAAUUUAGAAGUGCUGCAUUUACAAAUGUCAUCAUCACCAAGAAAACUUAUGUCAGAUGUUGAAUAAAAUUGUCAUGCUUUAGUGUA